AUGCGUACCGCCGCCGUCAGCGACAACGUCAUGUUCAUCGCCCUCACCACGCACAUCCUCCAGUCCUACCGCUCCUCCCUCACCAUGCACGAUAAGGCCCUCUUCGCCCCACACACCCCCUCCUCGCCGUACACCCCCGCGCACCACGCCGCCGCCGCAGCCCUGCUACGCACCUACAACGUCCGCGAUGCGCUCGACGAGGACUUUGACGUGCUGGCCAAGGACAUCCUGCCGGAAGACUACCAGGGGAGGCUGCGCGGCGCGGCGCGGGGGUCGGGCGCGAGCUAUGUCCCGCUGAGCGGUGAGGAGGCGAUGGCCGUGCAGGUGUAUUCUGCGUAUCGGCGCGCGAGGAAAGAGAUGGUGGACUGUGUGGAGGGCAUUGUGGGGUCGGUGGUGGGGGGGUGGCGGGGGACGGGGGAGGAGAGGGAGUUGCUGAGGGGACGGUUGGCGGCGAGGGGGGCGGUGGAUCUGCAGCGGGGGGUGGUGCAGGGGGAUAUGGAUGCGGUGGUGGUGAAGUGUGCGGGGGUGGAGAGGUUGGGGUAUGAUGAUAGGGGGGAUAGGGUGGUGUUUUUGAAGAGGGGGGAGGCGGGGGGGUGGGUGGAGGUGUAG